CCCAGCAUUCACGCGUGGAUACUCUAAGGAACCGCCGCAAUCAAGUAUUAUCCUCUGAAUCCUACACAUCACCGUGCUUGCGCCGUGUCAACAAGAGAGCAGAUCUUGCUGCAGAUCAGGGGGCCGAUGACGCCUCUACUGACCGCCUGCCAGCAUUAGCCUUCCACUUACUUCCAGCUGGUUCAUACCUCCCAUGCGCUUGUGAUUCAAGAUACAAACAGGCUCCAACUAGGCAUGGCGCAGUCCAAUAUCACCCCCCAAUUUGGGGCGGAGUUGAAGGAUGCAUUCAAACCAAUUAACGCAUGGGUCUCUAGCGGAAUUUCGUGGUUGGAUGAGAUACAACAAUUCUAUCGAGAAAGAAGCGCUAUCGAGAAGGAAUAUGCCACGAAGCUGACUGCUUUGUGUAAGAAAUACUCGGAUCGAAAGGCGAAGAAGUCGAGCAGUCUGAGCGUAGGAGAUACCCCGAGCAUGACUCCGGGUUCUCUUGAAUGCGCUUCCUUGACGACAUGGUCGGCCCAACUGACGGCCGUCGAGGCUCAUGCUGCGGAGCGCGACAGAUUCGGGACGGAGUUGGUGGCACAGGUUGCAGAACCCCUCAAAGUCGCAGCAGUUCAAUAUGAAGACCUCCGGAAAUGCCACGCAGACUACUAUGCGAAACUCGAGAAAGAACGGGAUGCGUCGUACGGCGACCUGAAGAAGGUCAAAGGGAAGUACGAUGCCGCGUGCCAGGAAGUCGAGAACAGACGCAAGAAGAUGGAAUCUUCCUUUGAUCAUGGAAAAGCCAAAGCGCAGAAUGCAUAUCAACAACAGAUCCUGGAGAUGAAUAACGUUAAGAAUACCUACCUCAUCAGCAUCAAUGUGACGAAUAAGCUGAAGGAAAAGUACUAUAACGAGUACGUGCCGGAGGUGUUGGAUAGCCUUCAAGACCUGAACGAGACAAGGGUUGCAAAGUUGGACACAUUGUGGUCUUUGGCAGCACAGCUGGAGCUGUCAUCGCUCUCGAGGAGUACGGAACACAUCAAAAACCUGUCUAAUGAGAUACCUCGUAACGAACCGCGGCUCGACUCCCUCAUGUUCAUGCGUCACAAUGUCACUCAAUGGCAGGAUCCUCCGGACAUGGCUUUUGAGCCAAGUCCUGUCUGGCACGACGACGACGCCAUCGUGACGGAUGAAGCAGCGAAGGUCUUCCUCCGUAAUCUGCUAACUAAGAGCAAAGGACAAGUAAGAGAGCUAAAGAUGGAGGUUGACUCGAAGCGACGGGAAGUCGAGAGCGCAAGGCGAGUCAGGCAGAAUGUGAGGCAAGGAAAGGACAACAGGGAUGAGGUCGAGGCUGUAAAGUCUAUGUUCUUCCUCCAAGACGCAUUACAUGAGGUAGAUCGCAGGCGCCUCACAUCAGAGGUUGAGAUGUCGACGAUCAUUUCUGCAGUCGGCGACGUGUCACUUGGAGCGAAGAAUCACAAUUUCAGAUCCCAGACAUUCAAGAUACCCACCAACUGUGAUCUUUGUGGUGAGCGCAUUUGGGGACUGUCAGCCAAAGGCUUUGACUGCCGUGAUUGCGGAUACACUUGCCACAGCAAGUGUCAAAUGAAGGUGCCGGCCGAGUGCCCCGGAGAGCAAACAAAAGAGGAAAAGAAAAAACUCAAGGCGGAGCGACAAGAGGCGGCCAAUGCUAAGCCUGUCUAUGAGACUGCGUCGCCCGAUAGUGCCUCUGAUAUGCCGUCACUAAGCCGACGAGACACCAUGAACUCCCUGAGUUCCGGUUACGCGGCUAGUGCGACGAGGUCCAUCUCUGCAUCAACUACCAAGCCAGAACUUUCUACAUCCUCAGCUUCGAUCAAUAAACCUGCUCCGGUGAAAAGAAGCCGAGUCGUAGCACCCCCGCCUGCGCAGUACGCUCCUCCCGCCAACGGCUCAGGCUCUGUCCUUGGUACCUCGCUCAAGUCCAGUGAGCCAAGGGGAAGAAUGCUUUACCAAUACCAAGCGAAUGGCGAAGGUGAAAUCAGUGUUGGAGAAGGCCAAGAUGUGGCCCUAGUCGAACCAGAUGAUGGCUCCGGCUGGAUAAGCGUUCGUGCCGGUUCUCAAGAGGGCCUGGUCCCUGCCUCGUAUGUCGAGAUUUUUCCACCAUCCUCUCCCGUCCCAUCUGCUAGUCCUGGUCUGGCUGAUCGUCCCGCCUCGACAUAUUCCAACUCGUCGGCGUCGCAAGCAGGAAGCGUAGCAACGAAGCGUGUUGGUCCUGCCGUCGCGCCCAAGAGAGGUGCUAAGAAACUGCAAUAUGUCGAGGCGCUAUAUGAUUACGAGGCCCGUAGCGACGCGGAAUGGAGCAUGGUUGAAGGUGACCGUUUCGUCUUGAUCAAUCGAGAUAGCGGUAAUGGAUGGGCUGAUGUCGAGAGAGGUGGGCAAACAAAGAGUGUUCCCGCAAACUACAUUCAGGAAGUGUAGUUUUGCAGGUUUCCGCUCAUAAAGUGCUGGACGGCAGCCUUUGACGGUAUGAGACGGCGGUUGUGGGAUGUUUGCUGUGAGUAGACUUCUUUGUUGGUUCAUAUACAUACUGGCGUCAUUGAUCCUUGUGCAUUAUCACUUGGCAGGCGUGUAAAUCUUGGACUUUAGAGAUUCAUGUGACGCCCGCCACUGUUGUGGUAAAAUUUUUGGUUUAUAUCCGAUACCUCCCACUUCUUGGGCUCACCAUGUUGCAUUCUAUCCUUUGGUUGCUUUCAACUCAUACUCGUAUAUGUUACCAAGUCAUGUUGCCCUUUCUAUCCCUCUUGCCCUCAUGGAACAGCACGAAGCCUUUGAUAGACUAUGUUAUCAUUGGUUACAACAAGAUACUCAUGUAUAGCUCACAUUCAAAUGAUAUCCUUAUAUAAUUCCAUUUAAUCAGUUUGGUUUUUGAAUUAAU